CAUUACAAAGGUUACUCGUGCGAGAGCUAUCUUCUCAAAAUAAUGUCUGUAGCUGAUGAGAAAACCAGCAGGCCGGGUGCUGGUGCCUCCAUGGGUGAUGAUCCAGAGCAGAUCAUAAGGCCGGUAGAAACGACAAUGGAACAUGUAGGCGCAGAGGUCACGAAUCUACCAGAUCAAGUCUCUCCCGAUGAGCCUGUCGGCAAAGAAAUCGAAUACAUAGAAGACACUGAUCAAAAUGCCCCUGAAAAACCCUUCGAUGUGCUGGAAGAGGAAGCGAAAUUGAUUGCUGGAAACCCGUACGCCGAUCUUUCAAAUGAAGAGGUCAAGUCCAUUGCCAGCGUCAGUAGCACCUCGAAGAUUCUCGAUAUCUACAUGGAAAGACUACGAUUGAAUGCGACAAGCGAAGUGAGGAAGGUCGACACAACAGCGCAAAUGAUUUAUGGAAUUGGCGACUAUCUGCGUGAUAUCGAAGAUAGAAUGCGGAAAUUAGAGUCUCAGGUAACGACAAACACCCAGAAUGAAGCAAAAGGAGCCGAUCCCAGCGUGGGCAAUACUUCGGGUCCAGCGGACUUCAAGACCGUCUUUUGUACCUGCGAUGAGGAGUUGGCAGCAGACUUUGUGGACAUCACAGCCGACAAACGAUGGGAAGAGCGCAAAAGUUUCAGCUUGAAAUCUGAGCCAAGACACUUUCUCACCGUGCUUUGUGAGACGCAAGUGGAUGAUGCCACUAGAAAGUCAUCAGAAUGGGUCCUCAAGCCUGAAACGGAGAUAUUAGCACUGCGAUUAUGUUCGAAGCCUUUAGCUCUGUUCUUUGAGAAGCUCGCAGGCUAUCCUGCUCACACCAACAAUAUGGUUCGAAUGACGAAACCGUUCUCGUUUCUGAUUCGUAACGCGACCGCGAUUAAGGAUAAGCUUCUCUCUCUUACGCAACUCUAUCCACUUGGUGGUGAUGAAACGUUCUCAGAUGUGACCGACGAACAAGAUAAGGGCACCGAUCCGCCAUCCACGGAGACCGAACACUUGGGAUCUUCCCCAGCUGCCGCAGAGGACCCGUGGGAAUCUGCAGAAGCUUUGCCUCAUUUUAAAGAGAUCGUGAAUUUUCUGGAUAGGUAUCUGGGAGAGAAGAUACGUUUAUAUUCGUCAUUGAGAGCUGGAUCACAUACGCACGUAGCAUUUGACGACCUAUGGAUGCUCUUCGAGCGGGAUGAUAUGAUUGUCUGUCCAAAACGAAAGCAGGGAGAAUACAUCUAUUCAACUGGUGUUGGUAAAGAUGCUGUAGACUACGUCAGCGGGAGUUAUUACGUUCCCCAAGCAUUUCGGGUAUUAACCCGCCAUGGUGGCGUUCCUUUAUGGGGAAAGCUGAUACGCUCUAAGACCGAGAACGUACCUAGAGUGAAGAAAGAGGGAGCUAACAUUGUCGACAUGGUGGAUUCUGAGAUGGUCGAUCGUCAAGAUCAGGUUGAGAACACAUCACACAAGAGCAGAUACGCCCCUCUAUACGUUUACUGCUACAUGUUGACGUAUAAGGGACAGAGAUGGACAACCAACACAGAAGUUUUCGCGAUCAAACCCUACGAACGUCUCAUGGAGAUCACUUCAUUGGAAGUAUAUCCAAUGACAGAAAAUAGUCGGAAGACUAGCGGAGUAGAUUUCGCGAGUCGAGGGAAACAGUACAUCACGUACACAAACAUCUCCCACCUCCAAUACAGGGGUCUCACGUUGGGUCCUGAUUAUGAAGAGUUCGAUGGUCCCCUGAUAGUAGACUUUGAGCAAGCGGUACGGGAAGGAUUAAGUGAAUUCUCCUCGACGAAUGAUUUUUUCUCGAAGGUCAGCUCCCGGACGGUACCGGAGAUGCCAGUUGUCAAAAUUUUCAAUGGUGAACCUCAACAUCUUCAGGACGAAAAUGUGGUCUUUGAUCGAGAUGAGUCGUUCGAAGUCUUGAAGAAGAUACAGGAUCAUUUGGAUGAUUACUCCUUGAAAAAAUCCGAUUCCCGACUGAAGGAAAUCAUAGAGGAUUUGGAAAAACAAGGACUUAUCGAACUCAUCAUCGGCAGCAUCACGGGGUUUGCUCUGCGUGAUCGGAAGUGGAAGCACUUUGACCUGGCAUUGCUUCAAAAUGUCGACUACGGAAACGUCAGCAGUGGAUGGGAUGAUCUCAUCCUACCCAAGGCUCAUCGAUCUAUGGUGCAGUCCAUGGUGCAGACACACACUGCAAACCUCCAAGGCUCAAACUCAGAGAAAGAUAUUGGCCUAGUAAAGGGUAAAGGCAAAGGAUGCAUCAUUCUUCUACAUGGAGUACCGGGUGUUGGAAAAACUUCCACAGCCGAAUGCGUCGCCGCCUAUACGGGCCGCCCUCUAUUUCCAAUCACCGGUGGAGAUAUAGGGUAUGAGCCCAUUGACGUGGAAACCAAACUUCAGCUCAUAUUCACACGAGCUCACAGGUGGGGUUGUGUUCUUCUAAUAGAUGAAGCAGAUGUCUUUCUUGCUGAAAGAGACAAGUUUGAUGUAAAGAGAAAUGGCCUUGUCUCAGUAUUUCUUCGAGUGCUGGAGUACUACUCAGGAAUCCUUUUCCUGACAACAAAUCGAGUUGGGGCUUUCGACGACGCUUUCCGAUCUCGUAUUCACCUGACUCUCUAUUACCCCAAACUGGAUGAAAAACAGUCGAAAAAGAUAUGGGCUAUGAAUAUUCGCCGAGUGAAAAUAAUGAACGAGAGCAUGCCACCUGGCAAACCUCCCAUCAAAUACGACAAACAGCGCAUCCUCGAGUUUGCCGAAGAAAACUACGACACGCUCCGAUGGAACGGCAGGCAAAUUCAAAACGCCUUUCAGACAGCACUGGCUCUUGCGAGAUUCGAUGUAGGACCCAGCACAGACAAGUCUCCCCGAAUCAAAGUCCGACAUUUUGAGACUAUUGGUCAAGCCUCGAUACAAUUUGACGAAUAUCUAUAUGAUGUUCAUGUCGGAGAUGAAACAAAAAAGGCGAAGAGUCAAAAGCUUAGAGCUGACGAAUGGAAAUCAGCGCCGUUUCGGGCAGUCCCUAGGGCCAAGGAUAUUGUACGCGGAGAUUGGGCAGAUGAGGUGACCUCCGCGGAAAGUGAAACAUCAGGCACAGAUUCCGAAUCAGAAAUUCAAGAGAGGAAGAUAAAAAAGAAAUUGAGAAACUUGGAAAAACAGAGCGCAGAAAGGUUGAGACCACCAGUCAAUGUCCAGAAGCACGGGAGUGGGAGUCGGUCGCGAUCCAAAGGAAAAACUGGGAAAACUGGACAUCGUACGCAAAGUAAGAAGCACGAAAUCUCUGAAAAUGAGCAGAGCGGGGGUUCAUCCGAUUCAGACAGUAGUGAUAGUUGA